GAGAAACAGAGGUGUAAUGGCGGAUGCAAAGUAAGCUGUCAAAGUAUGGUGCAUUAUAUUUUUGCUUUGAUUCAUGAACGAUCAAAUAUAUUUCACCGACAAUUAAAGAAAGAAAUAGUAAAUAUGCGUUGAAUAUAUGGAAUUAUGAAAUAAUUAAUCGAUGUAAUUUGUAUAUAUAAUUAAAAGUACGAAUAUCUUGUAUAUACUAAUUAAUAUUUCUUAAAACUGUUUUUAUUUUAUAAUGAUGAAUAAUCGGAGACGAACGAAUAAUUUUACUUAUGUUAGUUCUUGUGUGAAGUAUAUGAUAUUUAUGCUCAAUUUUGUUUUUUGGUUAUUUGGAGGACUUCUAAUUGGAGUAGGUUUAUAUGCAUUUGUGGACAAAUGGCAAGCAACUGGUUCUGUUAGAGUGGAAAAUGUAUAUGAUGUAAUUCUCAAUAUUUCACUUGUAAUGGUUAUUGCAGGAGCAGUAGUCUUUGUUGUUAGUUUUGCAGGAUGUGUAGGAGCAUUACGUGAAAAUACUUGUCUUCUUAAAUUUUAUUCAUUGUGUCUAUUGGUAUUCUUUUUGCUUGAAAUGGGCAUAGCAAUUGUUGGUUUUAUAUUUCCACAUACAUUACAAUCAUUAUUGGAAGAAUCAUUCACAGAUAAAAUCAUACAAACAUAUAGAGAAGAUCCUGAUCUACAAAAUUUUAUUGAUUUUGGUCAGCAAAAGUUCAGAUGCUGUGGUUUAAGUCAAGAAGGAUAUUUGGAUUGGGGAAAGAACGAAUAUUUCAAUUGUUCCAGUCCUAGUGUAGAACGUUGUGGUGCACCAUUUUCAUGUUGCAUUAAUGCUACAGAUAUAUCAAGUGGACUUGUGAAUAUAAUGUGUGGCUAUAAAGUACAAAUGUUACCAGUUUCUGAAGCAGGUAAAAAAGUAUGGACUAGUGGUUGCAUUGAAAUUGUGAGAAGUUGGGCAGAACGCAAUUUGUACACAAUAGCUGGUAUUGCUUUAGGUAUAGCUCUUAGUCAAUUAUUUGUCAUUUAUCUUGCUAAAACAUUAGAAGGCCAAAUUGAAUUGCAAAAGUCUCGUUGGCAUUCCUGAGCUUGACUUCAGGCCACCUACCGCUAUCAGAUUCCUCCCAAUAGGCAGGUGGCCAAUAUUCGAUCAAGAGGUCAUGAUACUAAAAAAUGUGGAAAAAUUCGGAUGGCUUUACUUAUUAGUAUUGCGGUUCUUGUAUACAUAAUUUCUAUUUUUGUUUUUAUCAAACUUUUUUUUUAUUUCAAGAACAAUUUUCAUUUAUAUUUUAGCAAUGAUUUUUUAUUUUUUACAUAAUGCUCUAUUUUUAUAACUUUAUUUUUUUCUUCAUUAUUAAUUUAUAUUAUAUCUUUUUUUCAUCAACAAAUUGUAUUAAGUGAUGUAGCCAUAUAUUUUUUUUUGAAAUUUUCUCAAAACUUGAACAAUCACAGGCUGGUUGCUUUUAAACUAAAUAAAUUCAAAACGAAAUAUUUAAAUAACAAUAUUAUUCAAUAUAUAUAUUUAGUUAUAUAUCAAAUUUGUUGCAAAAAUUACUCAUAUGAGGAAAAACAUUUUUUUCACUAUAAAAGAUUGAUUAAAUUAAUAUAAUUAAUCAUAUAUUAAAAUAAGCACAAUUAAUUUUGUAACAAAUAUUAAUUUUUUUAUAAUGUAUAUAAUUUAUAAAAAAUAAAUAACAAUAAUAAAUUUCAUAUGUUGGUAAUUUUUGCACUAAAAUUAAUGUAUUAUUCGCACAUUAUAUAUAAUUAUAAGUAUUAAUAGUAGUGUUGUAAGUAUUAAAAGCAUCAAGCCUUUAAAUAUCCUACAAAAGACUUACAUUUUAUAGUUUAAGAAAUAGAUACAAUUCUAAGAGAUUUAUGAUUUUUUAUAUAUUUACAUAGUUAUUUUCGAAAAUAUUUUACCGUGUGCGUAUUUAAAGCUUUUUUGUCUCAUAAUAAAUAAUUUUAUUGAUUAAUUCAACAAAAUGAAAUAAAAUAACAAUAUAAUUGAAACACGCACAUGGUUAAAAACAUAUCUUUUUUAUCAUCUAAUUUUUUAUUAUAUAAUUUUAUUAUUAUUUAUAUUAAAUAUAAUAUAAAACUAAUUAAUUAGUAUUAUUUAUAUAAUAUUAAUUAAUUAUUUUUUAAUCAAUAUUGUUAAUUUUUUAUUGUAUUAGUGUAAUUCAAAUAAGACAAAAAAAUACGUCCAGUGCCAAAGUCAAAGUAUCGUCAUCAUUUUAUUUGAAAAAAACUUGACAAUAAUCUGGUGUAAAUGAUUUGUUUAUUAAGUAUAUAUAUAAUUCAUCUGCGUGUCUUUUUAUCAAAAAUAAAUGUAAAACUGAUAUAUAAAACUAUCUAGUUUGUAAUAAACAAAAUAUUAUUC